GGUAGCGGUCGGGUAUCAAGUUGCUCUGGGUCCCGAAAGAAGCCGCCGCCGGGGCGUCGGGCAGUCCGGGCUGGGCUCGCUCCUUGCUCUCGGCACCCGCUGGGGGGAGGGAAAGUUUGUGAAUUGGGCCCCCAAGUUUUGGGGGGAUCCGGGCUUUGCGACGCGGGGUGACCGAGGCUCGUGGGAGGAUCCCCCAUGGAGCCCCCGGAGACGCUUGGCCUGACCCCCCAGCCCUGCACGUUAGACGCGGGGGAGCCCGGUGAUCCCGGGGACGCGACCCCCGAUGGCUCGGACACGGUGGUCCUCAGCCUCUUCCCCUGCACCCCGGAGCCCGCGAACCCCGAGCCGGACUUGGGGGCCUCCCAGCCACAGGGCUCGGCCCUGAAACACUCCACCACGCUCACCAACCGGCAACGAGGGAACGAGGUGUCGGCCCUGCCGGCCACCCUGGACUCCCUGUCCAUCCACCAACUGGCCGCCCAGGGGGAGCUGAGCCAACUGAAGGAGCAUUUAAGGAAAGGUGACAACCUCGUAAACAAGCCCGAUGAGAGAGGGUUCACACCCCUCAUCUGGGCGUCCGCCUUUGGGGAGAUCGAGACCGUCCGCUUCCUGCUCGAGUGGGGUGCUGACCCCCACAUCCUAGCCAAGGAGCGUGAGAGUGCCCUGUCUCUGGCCAGCACGGGUGGCUACACUGACAUCGUGGGGCUCCUGCUGGAGCGGGAUGUGGACAUCAACACCUAUGACUGGAAUGGAGGGACGCCGCUGCUGUAUGCUGUGCGUGGGAACCACGUGAAGUGUGUGGAGGCCUUGCUGGCUCGAGGUGCUGACCUCACCACGGAGGCCGACUCUGGCUACACCCCCAUGGACCUGGCCGUGGCCUUGGGAUUCCGCAAAGUGCAACAGGCCAUCGAGAACCACAUCCUGCGACUCUUCCAGAGCAGCCUGGCACCUGCUGACGGCCACUGAGUACGGGACACCAAACACCACCUGCAGGGGUGGCGGGAGCUCAGGACACUCAGGGAACAGAGCCGGAACGGCGCCCAGCACCUCCUUCCAAGGCCGCUGGAUUCCAGGCCUGACUGACCAGGGGAAGCAGGAACCAAUAAAACCUUUUUUUGUGU